AUGCCGCCUGCUUAUGGCGUGCAGCCUGUUCUCAUCAGCGGCUAUGGCCCUUAUGACGGGUUUCUACACCACUCUUCCUAUUCGAUCCUCUACGAAGGCGAGCUUUACCCCAGCGCGCUGCAUCUAUUUGAGGCCAUGAAAUUCGAAGACACGCGACCUGAUAUUUCUGCUAGGAUCCGUGACACGCAGAGCCCGGACGAGGUGUUUGCCAUCAGUCGUGAAGCCGAAAACCUCACGAGGCCGGACUGGCCCUCUGUUGCUAUGGAUGACGUUCUCUAUCUCAAAUUCCGCCAACACGGACAUCUACGCUCGAUGUUGCUCGAAACCGGGAAUGCGCCCCUGGUAUACGCGGAGCCGAAUGAUCACUUCUGGGGCGAAGGCCACAUGGGCCAGGGCCAGAAUCAAUUAGGCCAGGCUCUAAUGCGUGUGCGCGAUCGGUUGAGGGCGGAGCUUUCUGCAUGA